UGCAAAGAUUCGUAAUAGAGGUGAAUAAAAACCGGCUAUCUUCAGUACAACAUUCUCUACUUCGUUCUUCCCGUCUCUUCUCCACUUUCUCUCCAGAUCUCUUCUCUGAAUCCUCUCCUUUCACAUGGCCGCCUGCCUUGCUCCGUCGCUCUCCGUAUCUGGGGGAUUGAUCAAGGCCUCGGAUCUCUCUUCAAAGUCAAUUUCCUUUGGGCAAAUACCAAAACUCGCCAUCCGGAGGAAGUGUUCGAAAACCAACCACAAGUUAUCAGUCCUUGCUGAGUACAAUGAUGGUGGUAGAAGUGGAAGUGGAGGUGGUGAUUUUGUUGCCGGUUUUUUUCUUGGGGGUGCUGUAUUUGGAACCUUAGCUUUUGUUUUUGCUCCCCAGAUGAGGAGAUUUUUACUAAAUGAAAACGAGCAUGGUUUUAGGAGGGCUAAGCGUCCAGUAUACUACGACGAAGGUCAAGAUGGUCUUGAGGCAACGAGAGAGACAUUGAAUGCAAAAAUAAAACAAUUGGGUUCAGCGAUUGAUAAUGUAUCAUCACGUUUGAAAGGUGGAAAAAAGAAACCACCUCUCCCAGUUGAAGAACCUGAUCGGUGGGCUCAAGGUGUGUAAAAAUUCAAUUUCAACAUUGUUCCACAAAGCCUUGUUUUAAAACUCCACCUUAAAGACCAUAUAUGUUGAAUUCAUGUCGCAAUAUGCCACAACUCUUAAUUGCAACUUCUUUUCUGGAUUCAUCAAGGUUCAAAUCGAUUGUUACUUACAGAUAAAUUAGAAUUUGUUAUAUAUAUUUGAAUUCAAUUUU